AUGGCCCCUGCCACGAAAUGGCCCAGCUCGCAUGUCCAGAAUUCUGCCACGAAGAAACGUCGUAGCUCGCGUGCCGUGGUCGAAAUCGACACCUGCUCUGGCGAUGACGAUGAGGUCGCCCGCGACUUCGAAGACAGCGAGAGCAACGACUCCAGCGAGUCGACCUGCGAUGAAAACUCUGGCAAGACGGAGGCCAAGUGGUGGUACCAGCUGAACGUCUUCAAGAGCCCUGCCGUGACUCGACAGUUGGCACCACGGAUGGACGUUUAUGAGGAGGGGUUGAGACGACUGAUGAAGACUCCGCGUGCGAUGGCCAAGGAGCAGCGCAAAUUGCUGAAGAAGGUGCAGCACGAAAUGACCGUGACGAUGCACAGCGCAGCGAAUAGAACUUUACACCUCAAACCAGAAUUGGCGGACGAUGCUGACCAAUUCUUCUUGAAGCUCUGA